AUGGGAAGGUACACGAAUCUUCUGCUGAUCGUCGCCGCUGCGGCCGGCACGGCAGCGGGGGUGUACCUCGUUCGGCGCUACUACUGCUGCCAGAAGAAAAAAACAUGCCGCGACGACGCUUCGUCGAAAGGGAUUUCCACGAAAGAGCUGAUCGAUCGGUUAAGGGAGGAGUGCAGCACGAGCAAGGAGAAACUGCUGCAGAUCGCGGCGGACAUGAAGGCGGAAAUGGUUUCCGGGCUCAGGAGCACGCAGGGGAGCACGCUCAAGAUGCUUCCUUCCUACGUCGACCGUCUCCCCGAUGGGUCGGAGAAGGGCGUGUUCUACGCGCUAGACCUGGGCGGGACCAACUUCCGCGUGCUGCGAGUGCCUCUGCUGGGGAGGGACGGUGGGAUUGGCAAGGUGGACUCAGAGGGUGCCUCCAUCAGCCCCGAGCUCAUGACUGGGACCACCGAGGCUCUGUUUGACUACAUUGCAUCGAGGCUGGCGGCCUUCGUGGCGAAGGAAGAGGAGGAGUUCAAGCCAGCAGAGGGCAAGCACCGCGAACUGGGGUUCACAUUCUCGUUUCCGUGCGACCACACGGCUAUCAAUGCUGGGCGGCUCAUUCAGUGGACCAAGGGUUUCAACAUCCCUGAAACUGUAAACGAUGCAGUGCUGGCAGGAGCACGGUUCGUGGAGUCAGAUAUGAUGCUGGGGGUGAACGAUGCAGUGGGCACGCUCGCAGGAGCAUGGUUCGUGGAGUCAGAUGCGAUGCUGGGGGUCGUGAAUGAUGCAGUGGGCACACUGGCAGGAGCGCGGUUCGUGGAGUCAGACGUGAUGCUGGGGGUCGUGAACGAUGCAGUGGGUACGCUCGCAGGAGCACGGUUCGUGGAGUCAGAUGUGAUGCUGGGGGUCAUUAGAGUGGGCACACUGGCAGGAGCGCGGUUUGUGGAGUCAGAUGUGAUGCUGGGGGUCAUCCUAGGCACGGGGUCCAACGCGUGCUACGAGGAGAUUCAAGACAUGAGCGUGAUCCACAUGGAGUGGGGCAACUUCUGGUCCGGCCAUCUGCUUUCUUGUUCAUUCCCUUCCUGCCCCUUUCCCCCCUCCUCUCCCUACCUGUCUGCUUAUCUGCCUCUAGCACACGAGGUGAUCAACAUGGAGUGGGGCAACUUCUGGUCCGGCCAACUGCCUGUCACGGAAUACGACGACCUUCUUGACUCAAAGAGCGCCAACUGCGGCCAGCAACGCUACGAGAAGAUGAUAUCUGGCAUGUAUGUGGGGGAGGUGGUGCGUCUGGCCCUGUUGGACAUUGCUCAGAAUUCGAAUCUCUUUGGCCACCCCGUCCCUGCUAAGCUGCUCCAACCCAACUCCCUCCCGACGCCCAAAGUAGCAAUCAUCCACGAAGAUACCUCUUCAGACCUCUCAAAAGUUGGAUCUGUACUCGCCGAGGCUCUUGAGCUCCCUGACACCUCAUUGGCCCAGCGCCAGGCAGUGCAGGAGGUGAGCCGCAUCUUUGGGGAGAGAGGCGCCCGCCUGGUGGCUGCUGGUAUAGUGGGUGUGCUGCAGAAGCUGGGGCGAGAUGGAAAGGCAAAGCCAAGCGCACAGAUUAGCACAGCUGAUGCCGCAGCAGCUGUUGACGGGGAAGCAGCAGAGGGGGCAGCAGAAGCAGAGGCAGGGGCAGGUCUGGGGCAUGUGCCGAGGACAGUGGUCGCAGUGGACGGGGGUAUGUACGAGCAUUACACUCCGUUCCGGGAGGGUAUUCACGAGACGCUCAAGGAGCUGCUUGGGGAGGAGGUGGCAGGGUUUGUGAGCAUGAAGCUGUCGAAGGAUGGGUCGGGAAUCGGUGCUGCUCUGCUGGCUGCCUCACAUUCGGCCUACAAGGAGUAA